AUGUUAAGUGCCACAUCCAUGUUCUGCUACUUUAAUUUUUAUUGGUGUUUUAAAGUAUGGAAAUAUUUUAUGAUUCUGUUUUUUAAAGCUGAAUUUCUUUUUUUUUUCCUUAGAGCAUGUAUAUCUUUAGGAUCCAAGACCCGGGCCAUUGGGAAUGCAGCAAAGAGCCAGAUUGUCACAAAUGUAAAAAAUACACUGCAUGGUUUCAAAAAACUGCAUGGAAGAGCAUUUGAAGAUCCUUACAUACAAUCUGAAAGGGCCAAGCUUCCAUAUGAACUUCAGAAGAUGCCGAAUGGCUCCGUAGGAGUAAAGGUGAGAUACCUAGAUGAAGAGAGACAGUUUGCAAUUGAACAGAUUACAGGAAUGUUACUGGCCAAACUUAAAGAGACUUCAGAAAGUGCUUUGAAGAAACCAGUGGCAGACUGCGUGAUUUCAGUACCCAGUUUUUUCACUGAUGCUGAGAGAAGGUCUGUAAUGGCAGCUGCACAGAUUGCAGGAUUAAAUUGUCUGAAGUUGAUGAAUGAAACUACAGCAGUUGCACUAGCCUAUGGAAUAUACAAGCAAGAUCUGCCAGCCUUGGAAGAGAAGCCCAGAAAUGUGGUCUUUGUAGAUAUGGGGCAUUCUGCAUACCAGGUUUCAAUCUGUGCUUUUAACAAGGGAAAACUGAAGGUCUUGGCUACUACCUUUGACCCUUUUGUAGGUGGUAGGAAUUUUGAUGAGGCUUUGGUUGACUACUUCUCUGAAGAAUUUAGGACAAAAUACAAGCUGAAUGUAAAAGAGAAUCCCCGAGCGCUGCUACGAUUGUAUCAGGAAUGUGAAAAACUGAAGAAGCUUAUGAGUGCAAAUGCUUCUGACCUUCCACUCAAUAUUGAGUGCUUCAUGAAUGACCUUGAUGUCUCCAGCAAGAUGAACAGAGCUCAGUUUGAGCAGUUAUGUGCUCCCCUUCUGUCCCGAGUGGAACCUCCUCUAAGAGCAGCCAUGGAUCAAGCUAAACUUCAGCGUGAAGAUAUCUACAGUAUAGAAAUAGUAGGUGGGGCUACUAGAAUUCCAGCAGUAAAGGAGCAGAUCUCUAACUUUUUCUGUAAAGAGAUAAGCACCACGCUAAAUGCUGAUGAAGCUGUUGCAAGAGGCUGUGCCUUGCAGUGUGCAAUUCUUUCCCCCGCUUUUAAAGUGCGUGAAUUUUCCAUCACAGAUGUUGUUCCUUAUUCUGUAACGUUAAGAUGGAAAUCAUCUUACGAAGAAGGAACAGGGGAAUGUGAAGUUUUCAGUAAGAACCAUGCUGCUCCAUUCUCAAAAGUAAUUACUUUUCACAAGAAAGAGCCUUUUGACCUGGAAGCUUACUAUACCCAUCCGCAUGAAGUGCCUUAUCCUGAUUCCAGAAUAGGGCGUUUUACUAUUCAAAACGUUGGUCCCCAACAUGAUGGCGACAAUUCCAAAGUGAAGGUUAAAGUGCGUGUCAAUAUUCAUGGCCUUUUCAGCGUGGCUAAUGCUUCUAUAAUAGAGAAGCAGAACAUAGAGGGAGAUCACAAUGACACGCCUAUGGACACUGAAUCAUCAAGUAAGAACCAAGGCAGAGAUGAUGAGCUGGAUAAAAUGCAGGUUGAUCAAGAUGAAGGUAUUCAGAAAAGUCAAGCUGAACAACAGAACCAAGCAGAUGAGGAAACUGAAAAUGCAGGAACUGAAACAAAAGCUGCUUCUGGUGACAAGCAAGAUCAUCCAGCCCAGCCAAAAGCUAAAGCAAAAGUUAAGAGUAUUGACCUACCUAUACAGGCAAGCCUCUAUAGACAACUGGGACAGGAUCUUAUCAAUUGCUAUAUAGAAAAUGAGGGGAAGAUGAUGAUGCAAGACAAGCUUGAGAAAGAAAGAAAUGAUGCUAAGAAUGCUGUUGAAGAAUAUGUGUAUGACUUCAGAGACAAACUCUGUGGAGUCUUUGAGAAAUUCAUCACUGAAGAAGAUUCAAACAAGCUGACCUUGAUGUUAGAGGACACAGAAAACUGGCUAUAUGAAGAUGGAGAGGACCAGCCGAAACAAGUAUACAUGGAUAAGCUUCAGGAAUUAAGAAAAUUUGGACAGCCUAUUCAGGAAAGAUACAUGGAACAUGAAGAGAGACCAAAAGUUUUAAACGAACUGGGAAAGAAGAUUCAGCUCCUUAUGAAAGCAGUAGAAGCAUACAAAAAUAAGGAUGAAAAAUAUGAUCACCUAGAUCCUGCUGAGAUGGAAAAAGUUGAAAAAUACAUUAGUGAGGCUAUGAAUUGGUUGAACAGCAAAAUGAAUGCCCAGAACAAACUAAGUCUAACUCAGGAUCCAGUUGUCAAAGUGGCAGAAAUACUGACAAAAUCUAAGGAGCUGGAUAGCUUCUGUAAUCCCAUUAUAUACAAGCCCAAACCGAAGAUAGAACCUCCCAAUGAUGGGCAGUCAAAGGCUAAUGGUGAACACAAUGGACCAGUGAACGGACAGAGCGGUACCGAAACAAAACCUGAACCAGCGAAGGACAAUUCUCAGCAGACCAAACCACCUGGAGAAAUGGAAGUGGACUAAAUCUUGCAUUUCUUUUACUUAAUUAAAAUAGUGCAAGUAACCACAGGGUCCAUUCUUUUUGCCUGGUACACACCUCAAAUGUUCAGUUAUUCUUAGCCAACCUUCUGUCAUUUGUUGCUGAGUAGUUUUGAAAGUGUUUUAUAUUAAGUACACCUCUGAUGUUCAUUUCCACUGAUGCUGCUUAUGUGGAGCUUUAGCCAAAUGUAGAUUGUAUAAGUCAGUUUAAGCUUUCCCAAUAUAUUUUAUAUCAAACAUACAGAAUUGAUAUAUAAAUGGCAACAAUCUACCUUAUUUAAAGCUUUUAUUGUGGAUAAACCUCAGCUCCUUUAUUCAGGAAAGGAUACUGUAUUGCACUACUGAUGCUCAAGUGUAGAUCUAAUUGCAUCUUUAUUUUGGAAAAAUAUUGGAAUUGAAGUGGCAAAACUUGUCACUUGAAGCACUGACCUUUUCUAGUUACUGUAUUGUUAUAAUUUAAAUAUUAAAAUAGAGGUUAGUUGGCAUACUAGUCCAUCUUGUUGAUGUACCAUGAGAAUUGUAUGGUCUUUUUCAUAUAAACUGAAUAAUACAAGCUUAAACAUUUUUUAGUUUCCCAUACCACUAACAAUCUUAGUUACAAAGUGCAUAAUGGCUCUGCCAUGUGCUGAAAUGAAGCAAAUGGUCUCAGUGCACAUCGCAGUACAUAACGUGCUGUCCUUGCGACAGGAUGAUGCUAAUGAGAAUAGUUUGAAGGGGUAGAACAUACAAGAACUGUUGCAUAGCUUUCCCUUGAAAAUGUCUUAUCACACAUGUUACUAUUUCCACUUCUUCUGUUUUGUGUGAAAUCUGCAUCUUGAUCACAUCUUGUGCUGGGGAGGAGAAGUAACAGAAAUUGCACUGUGUGAGCUGGAUAUUAGUGCCCUGAUUUUGAGGUUGCUUAAAUGCUGUUUGUUGCAAACUUGAAAGAAAUUAUGAGAGCUUCGUUGUGGAUUACAAUUUCAGCCUUGGUACUCAGCAUGUAAACCUUUUGUUCAAGGGUCUAAACAAAAGAGCUUAAAAACUGGAUAUUCUUACCCCAAAGAUGGAAUCUACUUGAUGAACUUGCAUAGCUAGCUUACCAGUUAUCUUAAGUCGUUUACUUGAUCUAAUGAAAGCAUCUAUAAUGUAUUACACAGUUGAGUCACUGUUUUCUUUGAUACAUCUUAGAUGUUGUCAAGGUCCUAUGUAUGUACUUAUGUUCUGAAAACUUCUGUCAGUCACCGAAGUACUGUAGCACUUGCUAGAGCAAGUCACUUUUCUUUAGAUUUUAAACAACUCUUGUAUUACCAGAAUAGGAAUGGGCUACUCUGACUAUGAAUAGUGGGUUUUUUAGUUGCUGUGUAACGCUUCAGUGACAUGAACUCCAUUGCAGAAAUGCAUUAGGUGUUCAGGUGUUAACUGGGCAUUCCUGCAGCAGCUCUCAUGUACAAGCUUGUUGCUGUUGUAAACAAGUGAAGAGUCCUGCUCUUGUUUCUGGCUUUGGCAGCCAUUUUAUCUCCAGCCAUGCCCUUCAUGUUCCACCACUCUUCAUGCUACAAUGAGAGUAGUCCAUGGCCCAAAGCUAGAGUUGGUAGAAGUGAACUAUCCUCUGAUACCUUUGCAGAAAAAUGAAGCAUCAUUUACAGCUGUAUCUAAACCUGUUAAACUAGCUGAAGUGCUAGAAUUGUAUUUUCAUGACUGACGUCAGGUGACUGAGGUGCGUGUACUUUGCUCUACUGUUUCUCUUCUACAGAAUCAGUUGUGGCUGGUCUGGCACCUUGAGUUUACAUAUUUAAAGCCCGUGAACGUAAACUGAGUGACCUUUGAAGAGAGCUGCAGCUACUCUGCAACCUCAGUCUUGAAUUCAGCCGCUGUAGUCACACAUCUCUGGCACUGGGGCGGUGACACUACUUCAGUGUCAGUCGUCCUAAGUUUAAGUCAGUACAUGACUGAGCUAGCUUUGGUCCCGUAGGCUUGAACAUCAUGAAUAUCUUAAUGGCUUUACCACAGCAGUGUAAUGAGUAGCAUUCUUAAAUAUUGGCUUCCUAAAUCCCAUCUACUCAUUAAUUUGUCUAGUGGACUUCCAGAUACCUGACAGAAGAGCUCAGUAGAAAUCUCCAGUGUAAGUCCUCCAGUAGCUAAAAGGUCCUGUGUAAGAACAGAAAGUCUUCUGCUCAUGGUCAUCACACGCUUAAUACUACAUUACAAAUGUUUGAGGCAAUUCUUAUGCAUAAAGGCUGGAAUAAUUCUACAGCAAGCUUAAAAGCAGAUAUGGUUAAGAUAAGCAAUUGUGUAGCAAGGUUUUUUUACUAGAAUAGUGGGGUUUUUUGCUGUGCAUCUGCUCUGUCUCUAGAUCCCUAGUGAAGAGGAAUGCUGCCCACAGACUGCUGAUAGCACCUGCUUGUUGAUUUACAUGUUAAGAAUCCCAUUUGGAAGGGCAAAAUUGUUCUUUCCACAGGGAGCUUCACAUUAACAUGUGAGCCUAUGACUUGUUUGCAUGUAAUCUGUUUUCUGUUACAAAGACAAAAUCUUACCAGGAUGCAGAUUUAAGAUUUUCAAGUAUUUAUACAUGGUAUGCACCACUUGAGGAUUUGUGUGUUGGACUCAAGUGAGUUACCCUGUGGCUACCCUGACAGUACCCGAGUGAGUAUCCUGCAACAGAAAACAGGUUUUGUUAAGGAACCAACAGUAGUAAGCUGCUCUGCAUCUUGUAUAUUUUAAAAGCAGGUAUUUGUUGCUGAUGUCUUAUUUGAGACUUUCUAUUGAGGGCAAGUUACAUUUCUCAUGUUUGAAAAUGUUCCCUCUGUCCCACAAAAAGAGGAAGCAACACGAUGUUUGUAAAGGCAGUAGAGUUUUGUUUGUUUAAAAAAUAAAAAAGUUCUGUUAAUCAGUUUACAACUUCAUGUAAAAGUUUUAAAACAUAAUACAUAUUUUAUUUUACCA